AGCGGCAGCUUUUUGGCGGGAGAGAGGAAAAGCUGGAUAGUCCCUCAGAUGACGGAGUAAAGUUCGGUAGCUGUCGGGUGACGUUGCGCUGUGUCCGUGAUGGAGGAUGCGUUGGGUCUGUCGGAUCAGGAGUCGGAUGCCGGGAGCGAGGAGGUCCUGACGCCUGCAGAGCUUAUUAACAAGCUGGAGGAGGCAUGGCUUAAUGAGAAGUUUGCCCCGGAGCUCUUGGAGAGUAAGUCUGAGAUUGUGGAGUGUGUGAUGGAGCAGCUGAAUCACAUGGAGCAGAAUCUGCAAAGGGCUAAAUCUGGUGACCUGAAGAUCAGCUUCCACCACAUGGAGAUAGAGAGGAUCCGAUACAUGCUCAGUAGCUACCUGAGAAAUCGCUUGCUAAAGAUUGAGAAGUUUUCCCCCCAUGUCUUGGAGAAAGAGAAGGCGCGAGGAGAGGGGGAGCCAUCAUGCCUAUCACCCGAAGAGUUUGCUUUUGCCAAAGAAUAUAUGGCAAACACAGAAAAUGUAUUGAAGAGCGUGGCUCUCAGACAUAUGCCACCGAACCUACAGACCAUCGAUCUUCUCAAAUGUGUCCCUAAGCCAAACUUAGACUCGUUUGUAUUCCUACGAGUGAAGGAACAUCAGGAGAACAUCCUGGUGGAGCCAGAGUCAGACGAGCAAAGUGAGUAUGCUGUAGAGAUGGAGGUUGGGUCUCAGCACCUCAUACGUUAUCGUACGAUCGCUCCACUCGUGGCUUCCGGAGCUGUGAAGCUCAUCUGAACCCUUCCUGCGAUGGAUGGCCGCGGUUCAUCACAUUCCCAGCAGGUGGCAGCAGAGUAGCAACCAUAGAUUGCUGAGCGAGACUGGAAGCAGGGAAGCCACAAUCAUUUGGAACAACUAUACUUUAACCACUACUGAAGACGGGGGUCCUCGUCAUAUAAUCCAUGUGUUUUUAACACGGCUAGAACAGAAGACCCAAGACUUAUCAGAACCUGGAAAUCAGUGAAAUUCUUAUUCUACUUCCUGCUGCAAUGUUAAACGCCAUGAAGAGGACAGGGCCUCGCGUAGGAUUGGGGAACUUGCUGCCAAGUGCGUUAACAAAAAAUAAGAGUCUACGGAGCUAUUAUACGAUGAAGUGCAGUUCCGUAGAACUUCAUGUUCAGCGUGAAUUAUUUCUGGAAGAGGCUGGACACUCGGUGUUUCUAAUGCUGAAUUUUGCUACUAAGUGUUAAUAGCCUGCAGGGCGUUGCGUCCGUCACACUUUUGUGGUUGACACAUAUACAUUAAGUGGAAGUCUGGCUUAGUGGGAGGGAGGCUUGUGCUGUACUGAAUAUACCUUUACGUUUGUGCAAUAAGGCUUUGUUCUUGUUCUAAAUGACCAUCAAUAAGUACACGUUGGCUAAAAAAUUAUCUGCAACCCCCCACUGCUACCCGCAUCAUAACCAUUUCAGUUGGAACUAAAGUGCUCUUUCUAGU